AUGCCGAGCUCCCAAUGCGUCUUCAACACGGCCACGGCCUUGCGGCGCGUCUUCAUACCAGCCAACCUCGGGACUUCAAGCACUCUACACCUCACAAGAAUAUUCGUGCCGGCGCUCCUCACACAAUCACAUCAAGCGCGAGCAUACUGGGCAGGCCGAGACUCGGGCACGAGCCAAACGCCGCCGAAACCCAGCCCCUCCAUCUUCGACCGCGACAGCCACGGCCACACGAGAUCCGCGAGCGGCAGCAGCUUCAACAUCCGCCGCGGGGCGCAACCGCGCCGGAGAAAGGAGGCGGACCCGGACGCGCCCGGCCCGCGCGUGGAGGUCAAGCUCGGCCGCAUGCCGCGCGACGACGAGAUACACUGGCCCUACGUGUAUGUCAAGCCGGCGGAGGGCUCCGGAGGGCUCGACUCCCCGCGACCGAUCAAGGAGGUCCUGGCGGGCCUGGACCGCAAGACGACCUUCCUGGAGGCGGUGGCCCUCCCGCGGGCCGGUGACAGGGAUGCGCCGCGGUGGCCUGUCUGCAGGAUCGUCAACAAGAAGGAGGAGCUGACCAGGCUCAAGGACCUCAAAGAGCGCAAGAAGAAGGGAAUUGUCAAGGAGAAGGAACUGGAGCUGAACUGGACGCUGGCGCCCCACGACCUGGAUCACAAGUUGAACACGAUGCAGAAGUUCCUAAGCAAAGGCUACAAGGUGGAGGUUGUGCUGCAGAAGAAGAGCCGUUCCAAGAGCAGGGCGACUGAAAAUGAUGCACAGGCGGUUAUUGAAAGGAUCGAGACGGCCGUCGGGGAGGUGAAGGGCGCUAAGGAGUGGAAGAAGAGAGAAGGCCAGGUGCUGGGCAGCUACAGGCUCUUCUUGCAGGGCAAAGCUCAGGAGGAGACCACCAGCGCCAGCUCUGGGGCGAAAGAGAAGUCUAAAUCUGCAAGCACUGGUAAAGCAGAAGAGACCACAGCUAGUAGUAACAUUGUGGCCGAGGAGAGCCAGGAAUCAAGCGCAGGAGAGCAGAGCCGAUCAUGA